AUGCUCACAUCCGGCCUCACCAAUACCCCGCUCACGAAGUCCCUCCUGGUCUACACCAUCACCUCAUCAAUCGCGCUCUCCCUCUUCGAUAUCAAACACCUAGCCUCCAUCCAUGUCUCGCCACACUUCUGGCCCUACGCCCAAUUCUGGCGCGGCCUGAUCUGGCAAGUCGCCGGCUUCUCCAAUUCCACGGAGGCCCUCUUCGCCGCCAUGUUGGUGUAUCACCUGAGAGUCGUGGAACGCGCUUGGGGAAAGCGGAAGAUGGCUACAUUCCUCUUGACUACGCUUCCAUACGCCACUAUCCUCCCGCCCCUUCUCCUCUCCCUCUACUACGCCACAAUCCCCCACACGUUCCGCUACCGCAUCGGCACAACAUCUGCAUCUGCAUCUUCAUCAUCUUCAUCAUCCACAUCCACAGCCACAGCCGAGAACACAAAUGCACCCAAACCCGAACCAAGCAGUCUAACCCUCCUCCUCUCCGACAAAUCAACAACAUACCUCGUGGCAGCUCAGCUUGCCCUUUCGCAAUUCCCUGCGAUGUUGCUCCCUUCAGCUGUGGGCUGGACUAUCGGCGUCGCGUGGCGCGCGGAGUUACUUCCAGGUCUAUCGCCUUCGAGCACGGGGUUCCGAGUCCCGGCUUGGUUGGUCGGUGAGAGGGAGAGGAGGGGCGCUGCGAAUGGGGGGAGUAGUGCGGAGAGGGAACGGUAUGAGGAUUUGAGGAGAAGAUUGGAGGGGGAGGUUGCUGCCUCCACAGGUGUUGAUGGUGGACAGAGGCGGAGCGGGACUGGAGAGGAAAGUAGUGGGCUUAUGGAGAGGUUGAGAGGUGCUUUCUAA